UUUUGCUCAGCUCAUACGCAAGUGAUGUGGCACCGAAAAAACUGAAUUUUAUCGGAAAGUUUUCAUAAGUUUUUAGAGUUUUCCUCUAAAAUAUGGCCAACGUAACGGAUCUGUUGCACAUAAACGUCGACAAACUUUUCGAGCAGCAUGGGGUCGCAGAAAUCGAUCAGGUACAUAAGCGGCUUCAAGCGGAAGUCGAACUUAAGCGAGAGGAAUUACGCACUAUGGUUGGGGAACGGUAUCGCGAUUUACUAAAAGCGGCGGACACAAUCGGUGACAUGCGGAAUACUGCCGGCUCGAUAAUCCAGAACAUCGAUAACAUAACCACCACCUGUCGCAACCUCAACGAACAUCAGUUGAUCGGCUUCCGGUCCGGAACUGACACGCAUAAGACACAGCGCAAAAACUCGAACAGCAAAUUUCACGGUGUGAUUGUGCAGAUAAAACUACUGACCAGUUUACCGGAAAUAAUUUGGAGCGCCAUCGAUGCUGAGGAUUAUUUCGUGGCGACACAGCUGUUCAUUUUCUCGAGGCAUAUUUCGACCGGGCUACAAUUGGAUACAAACAGUGACAUGAUGAACAAGUUCCCGGUUGCUAAAAAACAAUGGGCAGUUUUGAGCCAAUUCUUUUUUACCAUUAAGCAGAAUUGUGCCAACUGUUUGGAACGGGAAGAUUUAUCACCGGACGUAGCGGCUAAAUGUUUAGCUAGCCUGUUACUCUUGGAAAACUGUCAACUGGAUCAUAUUCUGUCCACUUUUGUUCAAAUGCGCUUGAAAGCAUUUUCCCGAGUGGUUCAAGAAGUUUCCCAAUAUGAAAAGGUUAAGGACAAAAUCUUGACAAGCUUAAAACUGUUGAUGAAUACCGUUGAGUUGAUCCACAUGUGUUUCAUUGGGUCUGAUGCUCUCCUUCUAGAAGAACUCUCCUUAAUCACCAACGAAAGCUCACCACCAACCAUUGCUUAUUUCAAAUCUGAGGAUCCCAAAAUUAUACAGAUCUUACCCGGAAUUAUACGUAAUUUUCGUCCAAGGAUUCAGCUUCAACCUCUGAACUCUGAACUAGUUCGUAAAAGUUCUCAAAACUGGUUGCAAACUGUAGAAAAAGUUGUCACGAAUCAGUUUGGUCAUCUCUUUAACUUGAUUCCUUCUAUUAAAAUGUUACAAGAUGUCAAAAAACACUGUCUUGAAACAGCCGAGCGGCCAGGCUCGUGGUCUGAAAAUUGUCGUAAUUUGUCUCUGCCGGAAAAUCUGAAUUUUUAUUUGCUCUAUUAUCAACCACUGUUUAAUUCACGUGCUAAAGCAAUAAUUGAACACGACUGGUCCGAAAUAAUAGAUGCUAACCGUAAAGAUGUCUAUCACUUGAUUUUGUCCAUCAAAACUGACAAAUUACUCAGAGAACAUAAAACUUUCGUUUGGUCUGAGUCCAGUGAGGAUAUUCCAAGAAAUUUAAAAGAAGCCCUUGAUCGCACUCAUUUAGCUUCCCACCCACUUCUCAUGAAAUAUUUUGCCUUCCCUCCGGCCUUGGUAGAGCUAUCACUUCAUUUGGAUGGAAAAAUUCAAUCGAUGACAAAUGAUAUAAUUUCUUUUCGAGAAACUUCCAGUCCAAGCGAAUCAGAGCAAUUUGAGGAAUUUUUCAGUGAGUGCAGUGUCCAAAAUUUCACUGAACUCCUAAGCUCUCUGAGAUCAGUUGAAUUGAAAGAUAACUUAGAAGCAGUUAUUCUUAUGGCCCGUUUAACCGCGAGCUUCAAAACAAUAUGUCCCGCAUUAAAACAAUGUAUUGCACCUCUCAAACAAACGGAAAAAUAUUCUCCUUGGCAAGAUAAUUUCGCAGAAGAGAAAAAAGGAAACUCCAACACGAAAGAUCGUUGGUAUCGUAUCGAAGGUCUUCUGGAUGAGGAAAGCUCACGAUUUUGGUCUCUUUGGCUGGAGGAUUUUGUCAAGAUGUGGCCCCUUCUUGAACAGAACGUUGGAUAUCCAACACUUCUUUCUCAUUUUCCCCUCUGGGAUACUAUCACAAUUGAAGAAAACGACGAACAAAACCAGAUCGUUCAAUCCACGAUACGCAUACCGGCUCUCCCCAGCUUUCCACUUCAAAAGCAACUUCACGCUAUCGUUUCUCUCCUUAACCACCAAAUUCCGCACACCUUACCUAAACCGAUUCAUGUUCAAAUCAUCGAUCGUCUUACAACUAGUUUCAUGGAACACUAUCAGGUUUUAGCAAGCAAUGAAUUCGUUCAGAAAAAUCAAAAUUGUUCCCUCCAAUACUAUUUUGAUCUGAAAUUCCUCCAGCUGCUUUUCACUGGAUCUGAUCAAAAGCAUUUCCUCGAUCGAUGUAACCAUCUGGUGGCUACAUUCAAAGGCCACAUUGACCCAUUCGAUUUUGACGUAUUCUACUUCCAUUUAAAUGUCAACGUGAAACGUGCAAUUCAACGGAUGCAACAGUUUUUCGGAGUUCUGCUGAUCAAUGACGAUCAGUUGAGCACGCUCUCCGGGGCAGCAUCAGCGACGACGACGACAACGACAGCAAAGCCGAAAAGUCAAACGCACGACAAAAAUCCCAACAUUCUGGCGCUCAGUUCCAACAGCGCCAGCGAAACAUGGUUCCCGCUGCUGCCAAUAGUGACCAAGGAAACUUUGACCAGUUUGGCUCUGGUCAAUGUUCCAGAAAGCUCGAAACCUGUAGCCAGCGUCGUUGCGGAAGAAAAGGUUAGUCUUACAAAACAAAGUCUUACAAAACAAAUGCAGUCUUACUGAUGCAGCAUUUUUAUACAGGAAAUUCAACCAUUAGUAUUUAGCUACAAUAGGAACUAGACAAGAAACGAACUUGACAAUUAUUUUCCACUGAAGAAGGCUACAACAAAUAGCCGAAACGUCUGGACAGUAGUAAAUAACAAUCGUUUUGAUUACAACAAUUGUCUGAAAAGCCGUUAAUCUAUCAAUAUUACAAAUAUUAUUUUCAGCUUUAGUCAAAUUUAAAUUCCAUUAAACCAUGAUUACAAAGGCCUAUGCACUAGACAGCCCAAAAUUUGUAUAGGAAAUUCAACACCUGUGAAA